GCGGCCGCACAAUAACAUCGAUUCCCACCGUGUUUUUGUUGUGCGCCGCCAACCGCACGUGUGAAUCGCUUUGGAGUGCGUUCGGCUCGCCACAGAACGAAAGACAUUUGUUCUGUAUCGAAGAUUUGUUAUCACCCCAUAGAUAUUCGCCUCGAGUGGAACUCCAAAUCCUUCACCAUGGGGAAGAAACAGCACCAGAAAGAUAAAAUGUAUCUUACGACGACAGAAUGGACCACAUUAUACGGAGGCAAAAAAGCGGGCAAGUUCCUGGACCAAUUCACGCAGCUGGGAGCCUUUGACGCGCAGCUCCGGAUUGCGGCGAUUGCCAACCUCAUGGGAUACCUCUGUGCCGACGAGGCUUUGGAAAUCGACGAAGAACCCGCGGAAGAGACGACGAAGGCCGAUCGCAGAGGUUACACACUGAAGAGACUGAUACGCGGUCUGUCGUCGUCGAACCGAUGCUCAAGAAUCGGUUUUUCGGACGCGCUCGCCGAAGUCCUGAGGAGGGUGGAUUACUCAGACGAGGAGAUAUUGCAGCUGAUGGAUGAAUGGCUCCCUUUGAAACCGAAGGAAGACCGAGUUCAGAUGCUGAUCGGGCGGUUGUUGGCUUGGGCUGCGAUGAUCCGGUCCUCGAAGCUGCACGGCUUACUCGAGAAAUGCGUUUCUGAAUUGAUCACCCUGUCCGGAAAAUCCUUCGUGGAGUCCGCAGUGUGCAAUUUGGUCAGCGAAAUAACCGAUACCGUAUCGGCGAAAGCGUUCGAAUCGACCGUAUGGCCGCUGCUGGAGCGCUACCUUCAAGCUCAGACAAGAACUCCGGUGCCCUUCUCUGUUUACGUUAUACUGACCGUACGAAGAAAGUACCCGAAAUUGGUUGAGUCGUACGCUCUGUCGACGGAAACGCUCGUCGCAACCCUUCAGAUGAGCACAUCGCAGCUGCCGCAGAUCCAUCCGGUGGUCGCCACAUUGAUCCACGAUCAUCGCGAAGAACCAGAACGAGAAACGUUCUGGAAUGAAGUUGUUGAGAAACUAGCCUCAAGUCCAUCAGCGGAGAAGCAUUUUCUGCUUCUGCACAUCUUACAGCUGGCGUUCGAGACUUUCGAUUGCUGGGACGUGCUCAUGAAGGAAAUUUACGUCGAACAGCUCGUGUAUCCGCUCGUGAAAACCAACAGUCCUUUGAACGCGCAGGUCAAGUCGUUGAUCGCUGUGCUCGAGAAGCUCGACAAAUCGAAGGCGAAGUCGAUCCUCAAAUUCGUCCUUAGCCACAAUAAAGGCUACCGAUUCGAUCACAUGACCAAGUCGUCUCUGGUCCACAAAACACUCCUAAAAGCCGGGCCGGAGGUAGUGCGUUGGUUCGCGAAACGACUCCAGAAGAAGUUACACGAGCUUCAGAGCAAUAAGGAGAACGACGAGAGCCACAUCAAGUUCGACACAAUCAUUAUCGAACAACUAGCCAAUCUAACGCAUUUGUCGCACAUGCACAACCAGCCUGAGUUCAAGCGUUCAAUCUGUGAGUUCCUGUCCCAUAACUACUUUUCGGGAGAGGCUCGCAUCAGCAAGAAACCCAACACCCAGGCCUUCCUUAAGGCUCUGGCUCCCGCCAACAAUCCGAAGGCGCUCGCAGAGGCUGCCGAGAACAUUUUCGCGGUACUCCAAAUCUACACGCAGAUGGAGAACCGGCACGCGUCCUUCAAGCACGAGAAGAAACUCCGGUCGGCAGCAAAGCUGAUGGAGAAGCUGAACAAGAGCGACAAGAAUCCGGACUGCAAGCUCGCCUUGCGAAUUUUCGUGGGUUAUCUCGCGUUGUGCUACGCCCUGGGCAUCCAGCAAGACGUCACCGUGUUGGAAGAUGUGAUUUCCGCGGCGAAGGCGUUCAUGGCCGGUCGACAUGAAGAGGACGAGGUGGAAUGGAUUGACCUCAUUAUGGAGGCCAUCAUAUCUGCUCUGUCGGUCGAGAACGGUCAUUUCCGUUCGAUCAUCCUCAUGACGUUGGCGUUGAUCCAUAAAGAGAUCACAAGCGAAGCUCUCGGGAUCCUACUCGGUGUCUUCCACGGUGAGGAACAAGCCGAAGAUCUGACGCAGCUGGAAGAGGAUCCGAGCGACGAAGAAGAGGGUGAAGACUCUGAUUCGGACGACGACGAUGGCGACCUACAGGAUGAUGUUGGUAAAUCAUCUGACGCCCGGAACGGGACGGCCGGUCCGGACGAGAGUAGCUCAGAGGUGGACUUCGGAGACGAGUCGUUUAGGAAUCAACUGUCGACAGUGCUCGGAGUCGACGGUAGCGACGACGAGAACGAGGUCGAAGCGACCGACGAAGACAUGAUGAAGUUAGACAAAGCGAUAGCCGCCGCUUUCGGAGCCCGCUUCAAGGCGCUGUCGUCGAGCACCAACAAGGCGAACCGCAAGAAAGAGCUACAGGCCCUCCAUUUCGAAAUGAAAUGCCUCCACAUUCUCGAAGACUACGUUAAGAGUCCCGAUAUACCGAUGUCGCACGUUAUUUCCAUCUGUAGAGCUUUGCUGACCUUCGCGACGUCUAAACGCGCGAAAAACAUACACCGACCCAUUGUGAGUCAUAUCGCGGAAACCCUGAGAGACCUGACGAGCCUGAAGCUUUCUUCGAUCAAGAUGGAUUCGAGUCUCGAUGACGUCAAGGCCAUGGGUCAGAUGAUCGUCGAGAAAAUCCAGACGGUAUUCGACGCGGAACUGCGGGUUUCGCUGAACAGCCUACUACCGUUCACAAUCAAAUGCGUAAAAGCUCUCGGCGAUGACCAGGAUUGGUAUUUUGGUCUCUACAAAGAACUCAUAGGAAUCUAUUUGGUACAACCGUCGACUCCCGUCGCUCCGCCUCUCUUCGUGAGGUUCAUCGAAGUCUUCAACGAACACAGUCUCUUGAUUGUGGAUGCUCUCCAGUCAGAGCUUCGUGGCUGUAUGGAAAAACGGGAGAAACGUGUUCAAUUAAUGGGGUUGCUGGUCGCGGCUCUGAAACUCUGCAAUUCAGCGAAUGUAGAGAAGAAGAAACUGAAGAAAUCCCUGAAGAAGCUGGCCGCCUCCGUCAGCGAUGUACUCAAAGACGGAGAGGAGCUUGCGUUCACGAUGAAUCUUUACGUGGAGCUCCUCGACGUCAUGCGACUUAUCUCACAGAAAUGCAAAGAUGCGGAUCUCGAAGAUCCCAUGGCCGAACACCUCGGAGCUGUUAAAGCAAUUUUCGACGAUCUGUCGCGUAAAAACAUGCCUGCACAAAUCAAGCGUCGUCUGAACGGUGUUUAUCGACACUUUUUCCCGGGAGAGCAGUUCUCCUUGCAGAAAGGAAACCGUAAGAAGAAAGAGAAUGGACAGGAGCAGUCCGAUGAAGAAAUGGAAGUUGAAGAAAAUGGAUUCGCGGAAAAGAGGAGGAAACUGGACGAUUCGAGUGUAAAUUCUGAGGAGCUCGAAAUUUCCCACGAAGCAUAAAGAUAAAUACAGAAAAUUAUAGU